CGCAGACGAGCAAACGAUUGGCCUGGCGACGUUCCGUAGCCAUGUUAGCUCAAGUUGGGGCUCCAGCGCCUUCGGGUGACGAGUUUGUUGUGUGUGCGCGUUGAUCUAGUUGACUUGACGCUUACCAUUGGACAACAUGGACUCGUUCACGAGGCGUGCCUCAAACCAGAACAUCCAUAAUGAUGAAUAUUCUGAGACCUACGUGAACCCUCACCCAUUCGACAACAGACCAGAUGGCAUGCGUACAUCGUUGCCCAGUAUGGGCUCAUCCAUUUUGCAGUCGAGCGGCGGCGAGUCAUAGACGAACGUUGACGAGUUCGACCACCCGCGCGGGGGCGCCCUGUUUCUGACGACUGCAGGCGCUCCGCUGCUCCAUCGCGCCGCGGGGGCGGCGCAAGCCUAUUCGCCAACCAGGCCGCCCAGCAUGCCGCCGCGCUCCGCCGCCGAUGCGGGGCUCGCCGCAGGCCCUCCCGGCGAGACAGGACCGCGCGGCGCGGGCGAGACAGCCGGCCAGCGGAGGGCGGGCAGGGGCCUCCAGUGGCGCCCCCGCGGCCGCCAGGGCGCCGGCAAGCAUGCGGGCCGACCUGUCGGCAGGGCGAGCUCGUUGGCAGCAUGCGGGCAGCCACCGAGGAUGCGGCGCACGCCACCCCUGGCGCUCCAGCUAUCACCACGCUCAUGAUCCGCAACGUUCCGAUGUCUGUGGCGCUGAGUGGCCUGCUGGACCUCAUCGACAGGGCUGGUUUCGAGAACCGCUACGACUACGCCUACAUGCCGACCAGUUUUGACAGUGGGACCACUAGAGGGAUCGCGUUUAUAAAUUUUGCCACCGCAAGCGACGCCCGUGAGUUCUCCAUCUUGUGGAAUGGAUCGCGGUUGACCGGAGUUGCCGGUGCUGGAACCAACGGGGCCGUGAUCGAGGUCACCGUGUCGGCGACGCAGGGCUAUUCGGAGAACGCCAGAAUGUGGAAGGCGGGCUGGUUGCGCCGCAUUAGAAAUCCCAAGUUCCACCCUUUCAUCGCCACGAGGCCAGCUGCCUAGUGAACGCGCGGUUGGCAGCUUCAGUUUUAUAGGACGCGCGGGACGCGUGGGUUGUGGGGGGGAGCGCGGAGGAGGCCAAGGAGGACGAGAGCAAGGGCGCGGGCACAACCGCAGCGCGCCCCGGAGCGCUCCAUUCGACGGCGCUGGGCGCGAGCAAGGCGGGCCAUGUGCCGAGAGGACUUUUAUUAGUCGCACGCCCGCGUGCGUUCUUGAAGAAGGGGGAUGCGGCUGAUGCCGAGGAGAGAAGGAGGGGAGGAGAGUGCCAGCCUCACUAGUGGGACUCAUCCGUCCCUGCUGAUUGCGCAGCUCUGGCAUCGACAGGGGCUGUACAUUCUGGUCCUCGGCUUGUCCUGAUCACGCUGCUCCUUCGCGACGUUUCCAGGCUACUACUAGUAAAUGUUUGCUUCCUCGUCUUGUGGUUGUGUAUUCGAGACAUGCAGAGCUGAGAUGGUGCAGGGCCGAUUGUUCUGCUCUGAUGCGACGUUUCAAACAUGAAGCAGUUCCAGUGCAUCUCGUUUCGCCUUCUUUCUUAGGUUUUCGCAGCGCGCAGCGCUCACUUGAACCUUGCAAGCGCAAGGAAACCUGAACAUCGUCCGCAGCGCGCGCAAGAAAUCCUGUGGCCGUCCUCGUUCCAGAGGGCCAGACACAAAGGUUUGGCGCAGAUGUGUGGGGCUUCAUGCGUUUCCUGCAGGGCAGCAUGCAGGUCCCUUAAGGGGCCCGCUCGAGGCCCUGAUCUCUGAUUUUGCGGCGGCGGUUGCAGCAACGCCACUUCCAUGAUCCUGUU